UAUCUGCAAACAGCCGGUAUCAGAUUUCUUCGCCUUUAUAAGCUCUGGGUCGUGUCGUGAAGUCUGCAGUGUCUCUCAAAGCGGCGUCAAGAUGAGAGCCUUCACCCUGUCAGCUCUCGUCCUCACCUGGGCUGCGCUCGCCUCAGCAGCCCCGACCGAUAACACUGAGGCCCCCACGGAGCCCGCCGGCCCUGAGGAAUGCACCCAGGGCGUGAACUGCCUCCUCCCCGACUGCCUGUGCGGCUCUGUCUACCACCCCGGAGACUUGGACCUCUCGGAAGUGCCACAGUUCGUCGUGCUCUCCUUCGACGAUGCCGUCACCGUCUCCAACUUCCCGUUCUACGAAGGGUUCAAGAACCUCCUGAACCCCAACGGCUGUCGAAUCACCAUGACGUUCUUCGCGUCCCACGCUUACACCAACUACUCGCUGGUCAACGAACUGCAUCGCCUCGGACACGAGAUCGCUCUUCACUCUGUGACUCACAAGAGCGACGUGCAGAACUACUGGCGGCCAGCGAACAAGAGCGUGUGGGUGAGCGAGAUGAGCGACCUGAGGAAGAUCAUCGUUCACAACGCUAAAAUUCCCGAAGAAGAUAUCAAGGGCUGGCGCGCGCCUUUCCUGGAAGUGGGAGGGGAUGAAAUGUACUCCGCCAUGGAAGAACUGGGUCUCGAGUACGACUGCUCUUGGCCGACGCUCAAGUACACCAACUGGUAUGGCUCGAAACCGUACGGCGCUCUGUGGCCUUACACCCUCGACUACCCUUCCAUUCAGGACUGCCAGCUGGGCCGAUGCCCCGAGAGUUCCUAUAAGGGGCUCUGGGUCGCUCCAAUGGUUGAUCUGAACGACAACGUGGGAGAAGCCUGUGCUAUGUUGGACACCUGCAGGAGCAUGGACGACGAGCUCUUGAACAACGCCGAUGCGAUCGAGUACUUCCUCAAGCGCAACUUCGACCUCAACUACAAGAAGAAUCGGGCACCGUUCGGCCUCUACGCUCACCACGCCUGGUUCUACGAGAAUGAGAUCGACGGGUCCACUGCCCGGAUGGACGGCUACUUGAGAUUCCUCCAGUACCUGGCAACCAAACCCGACGUCUACGUGGUGUCCAUGAGCCGCGUGCUGGAGUGGAUGAAGAACCCCGUCCCCGUCACCCAACUCGAUUCCGCAGCGGCCUUCUCUUGCAACGUCUUCGAUCCGGAAACCGACUGCCCUGAUGUGAACAAUUAUCAGUUCGAUGCGUCGCACAAUCUUCCCGACAGCAUUAGCACCAUGACGAUGGCCUCCUGCGCCAAGCCCAUGCCCAAGUAUUAUCCUUGGCUCCAUAAUCCUUACGGCAACGAGACAAUCGCUUGAAGGGUUAGGAUUAGUGAAACAGAAGCGUCUAUACAUGAACUCUUUUUAUUCUUCUUUCUCUUUCUUUUCUCCUUUCCCCUUUCCCCUUCCUCUUCCCUUUUCUUAUUUUUUACUUUCCCUUUCCCCUUUAUUCCCUUUUUUUUUACUCUUCCCCUUUCCUUUCCCUUUUAUCCCCCCUUUUCUUAUGUUUCUUCCCUCUUCCCUCUAUACAUGAACAGUGGUAGUACUACUGUGUGAAAUAAAAAAAAAUAAGGGAAGAAAUAUUAUAGUUUUUUCCCUAAUUGGUUGAAGUCAGGCUUUCCACUGACGAAAUUAAACAAUUAACAAACACGCAUUUUAAUCUAUAAGAAUGUCAACAAUCCUCGGACGGGACGCAUUUUGUGAUCAAUAUUUUUUUUUUUUUAAGUAAUAAUAAAAUACAGGUAAAGAAUAAUAAAAAAUAAUUAAAAAGAAAGGCAUUGGAUUUAUACUGUCUUUACUUACCUUUUCUCGACUAAUUUGUUUAUCCCGGCAAGAAAUGGCCCCAAAAAUGCAUGUAAUUUAUGAAUUAUGUAUGACCCUGAUUCACAAGGAUGUAAUCAUCACGAAAUUUCUAAUAAAGGUCGAAAAAUAA